CCAUGGACAUUGCUUUGGAUUUGGCUGAUUACUAUAUUUUCACUCCAUAUAUAUAUCCUUCCAGUUGGCCAGAGAAUGAUUUGAUUCGGCAGUUUAUUAGUUUAUUAAUAAUAGUAAAUAUUGGUGGCUAUGUGCUAUAUUUAUCAACUGCAACACUCAGUUACUUUUUUAUUUAUGAUCAUCGAUUAUUAAAACAUCCACAGAUUCUCGAGAAUCAAGUUGCUAAGGAAAUAUCAUACACUUUAAAGUCAUUAAUAUGGAUGAGUUUUCCAACAUGUCUCCUUUUUUUACUGGAAGUCCAUGGGUAUAGCAACUUGUAUGACGACAUUCACCAGUCAAAGUUGGGUCAUUUCAGUAUUGUGGUUGAUACAGUAAGUUUCCUGUUCUUCACAGAUAUGUUAAUAUAUUGGAUUCAUCGCUACCUACACCAUCCAUGGUUAUACCGUUAUAUACAUAAACCCCAUCAUAAAUGGAAGAUACCUACACCAUUUGCAAGUCAUGCUUUCCAUCCAAUCGAUGGUUUCCUACAAAGUUGCCCAUACCAUAUUUAUCCAUUUCUCUUUCCAUUACAUAAGUAUGUUUACCUGGCAUUAUUUGUAUUUGUCAAUAUUUGGACAGUCAGUAUUCACGAUGGUGACUUCAGAGUUCCUAAAGUGAUUGAACCAAUUAUAAAUGGAUCAGCACACCACACAGAUCAUCAUCUGUUUUUCAAUUAUAACUAUGGUCAGUUUUUCACUUUAUGGGAUAGAUUUGGUGGAUCGUUUCGUUAUCCAUCUGCUUUUGAGGGCACUGGACCAUUAACUGAUGUAUUGAAACUGCAAGAAUGUGCAGCUAAAAAAAAAGAUUAA